GGCCAACUUAGGAAACAUGGAAUGCGAGGUUAUAUCUUCACAUCAGCCCUGGACAAAGCACGGGCCAUAGAUCAUCCCUGUAUUCUGAGUUGAAAUGGCUCCUUUGUGUGGCGUCUGCAGGCGAGACAGUUCAAAGUACUCAUGCCCAGAUUGCCAAUUGAAAUAUUGUUCUCUAGCUUGUUUCAAAGAUCACCGGCCUGCAUGUCGAUCAGCAUCUUCGACUGAUGUUGCUAGAUCUUCAAGUCUGCGACUCCCAGACCAAGCCGCGGACGUGCCGCUAAAACCAUUGUCUUCACUGAGAUGGCCCUUUGUUCCUGAGGCGCCUUCAUUUCAGGAUCCCCUAUCAGGGAAUGACCCUCAACCACUAAAACUAUCUCAAUUUGAAGCGAUCGCCACAUCCAAUGCAGUUAGAGACGCACUAGCUUCCAACGAGCGUUUGCAUGGCCUUCUUCGAGUGUUGGAUAGUAUGUCUCCCAACGAAAGAAAUGCCCGAAUGAGGCAUUUACUGGGGUUAGGGGAUGCGGGUCAAUUGGAUCCAAACAAGUUGACUGAAACCGAGAAAGAGGAUGCUGAAUCAUUCUCCAUCUUUGUUGCAGUGAUUCAAGAUUGUAUUUCUGGCGUUGACCAGGAUGGAGAGAAGUACGACGGGUUACAAUGGGCUUCAUGAAUGUUCAUUUGGCAUGCAACACAGUGAAUCCAGCUUGCCCGCGCCGGCCGUUAUGUAUU